CUAAGUUAUCUAGACUGUAGCGGGAUGGAAUCAUGUAUUUGUUUCUGCAAGUCACUGAAAAUGGAGAAAAGCCGAAUCGACUUUCUCUCUGUAAAUGCAGUAUGAAGUGACUUUUUCUCUCUAAAUGCAGCAUGAAUUGAGCUUGUUCCAUGGAGUCGAUAGCCGUUAAACCCAUUUAUCGCGCCACCCAACUCAAAAAACCGAGACCAAGUUCCACUUUCUCUCCCUACAAAUCACCAACUCACUUCAAAUUUCAUCACUCUCUCUCUUCGAAGUGGAAAAACUUGGUUUUCUUGUCUUCUCUCUCUAACCCACAUAAGGAAGCUAUUGAAAGACAAUGUACCUGCAUGGAUUUUCCUUCUCUCUCUCCAUUUUGUGUGCUAAUUCCAGUUCUUCAUCGUAUCACGGAUUAUUUCACUGUAAAGGGUUUUCAUGGCGGCAAAACCUUGAGGACCACAAUGGUGAAAUGGGUUUCUGGUGUCAAAAAUGGCGGGCGCACUGGUGCUUGUUUAGAUGACGAUUUAUUAAACAGUGGUGGAAUAGGAAUGGCUCUUUUGAGCACAACUGCCAUGGCUAAAGGGCACAUUAGCCCUGUUAUGGCUACUUUAUCAGCUAACCCAACAUUCAUGUCAGGCUUGUUUGCUUGGGUUAUCGCCCAAUCUACGAAGGUUUUAUUGAAUUUCUUUGUUGAGAGAAAGUGGGAUUUUCAGAUGCUGGUUAGUUCGGGGGGCAUGCCUUCUUCUCACUCUGCACUUUGCACUGCUUUGACAACUUCAGUGGCUCUCUGUCAUGGAAUUAGCGAUGCUCUGUUUCCGGUGUGCUUGGGAUUCAGUCUUAUUGUCAUGUAUGAUGCAACAGGAGUUAGGCGCCAUGCAGGCAUGCAAGCUGAGGUAUUGAAUAUGAUCAUUGAGGACUUAUUUCAAGGCCAUCCUGUUAGUCAGAGGAAGCUCAAAGAACUCCUUGGUCAUACUCCUUCACAAGUCAUAGCUGGAGCUUUUCUUGGCAUCUUGGUUGCUUGCAUGUGCUGCCAAGGUUGUUUGGUUGCAAUCUGAUCUGCUUGUGCAGGUUCUUAUAGCACCCACAGAUCUUUUGAAACUGGUCAGGAGUUUGAUUUGCGGGCGCUUUCUUCAGUUCCAUACUUGUCCAAAUGACCAUUGUUUUUGGCAAACUUUUACCGUUCGCUACCAGUACAACAUCUUCUAAUGAAUUUUUGAGGUGCGCCUUAAUUUGAUUGUCUAGGGCCUCAUCCUUAUAUAAACUUUUUCCUUUGUACAUUAUACCUCUGAUUCAUUUCUUUUCCUUGAAGACAGAUGGAUAGCCACUUAAUGAUCAUGUUAAUGGCUUCAUUCUUGUUCUUCAACUCUUGUAUUUGUUACUUUUUUUCCCCUCAGAUAUGAGAUGAUAUUUGUGCUUA